UUUUAGAGAGAGAAAGUAGGACCCUUCACCGUCGUUCGCGUCCAUCUUCCGACUCCAUUCUAGGUUAGUCCUCGUCCCUUCUCUUCCAUGUCUUCCCAAUCUUCGGUCUUUCGUCAGUCCGAGUCCGAGCGCGGUGCUGAGGGCUCCGUCGCAGGCUCCGUGCAGGAGAGUGACUCCCGCUUGCCCUCCGUCGAGGAGAUAGUCGAAGCGGUCGAGAUUCCCCUCCAGUCUGAGCCUCGCAAUCAGAGGCGGACCGUUCUCGAGGACUCGGGGAUUCGAGCGCGAAAGUGCACCCUUACUCGGGAGGAGUUCCGCAAAGCGAAGCGCCUAGCCUCGGCGCCCGGUGUAACCAUGCAACGUCCUACUACCGAACAGUCGGUCUUUGACGCCCCACCGGGUUCCUUCGCCAUCCACCUCAAGUCCCUCGAGUAUGGGUUUCGCUUCCCCCUCCACCAGCUAGUUAUAGAUUUCUUCCUCCACUUUGAUUUCCUCCCUUGCCAAGUCGUGCCCAAAUCCCACCGCUACUUGGCGGGAUUUCUCAUUCGUUGCCAAGGGACCGGGGUUCGCCCCGAUCUGGCCCGUUUCUUGCUUCUCUUCCGGUUGGCGAAGUCGUCCGGUCGGGCGAACUCUGACUCGGGCUCGUACGCCUCCAUAUUCCAAAGACAGGAGAAGCUCUUCAAGACGAGAAAAGACUCCCCCAAGAGUUGGAAGGGGAAAUUCGUCUUCGUUUCUCUAUCCUCGGGCUCCCCCUUUCGUAAGGAACCCCUCAGCUCCUUCCGACGCCGUUCCGCCUUCAUCAACUCGGACAAGAUGCUCGAGGAUGUAGAGACGCUCUGCCGAGGGGGGCCCUUCAAGGUCGGAUCGAUAGUGACGAACGACGCGUUGGCGGCGCUUGGAUUCGUCUUCCUAUCCCCAGAAGAAACUCAGCGGAGCAUCGAAGAAGGCCCCUCAGGUGAAAUCAUGCUUUCCAGCGCCGAGCGGAUGAAGCUCAUGUUCCGAGAUGCCACAAGCGGCAGUUCCCGGGCUCCUACCGUGGCCGGUCAUCCUCCGACUCCGCCGGUGAAGCCGAUCCCCGAGCCGGCCCAGAAGAAGAAGAGGAAGGAUACGGCCUCGGCCACCGACACUCCCACGGGGUCCGAGUCCCCCAUGAUGAAGGAUUUCGGCCACCAGAGGCAUGUCAAGGCGGCCUUCCCCGCAGGGGUCUCCUUCCUGGACCGGGACUACGAUCCGGAGACUUUUCUGCGUAGCAUGACCCCCCCGACCGACCGCGCCAAGAUCAAGGACGCCGACCGGGAAGCUCUUGCCUCGGACAUGUUUCACGAGAUGGGCUCGGAUUUCGGCCACCAGAGGCAUGUCAAGGCGGCCUUCCCCGCAGGGGUCUCCUUCCUGGACCGGGACUACGAUCCGGAGACUUUUCUGCGUAGCAUGACCCCCCCGACCGACCGCGCCAAGAUCAAGGACGCCGACCGGGAAGCUCUUGCCUCGGACAUGUUUCACGAGAUGGGCUCGGCGAUGAUGCGCAUGGUCGACAUGACCCAGCGACUGCGCAUCAAUGAGGCUGACCGGAGCAGAGCUUACGUUGAGAUAGCUGACCUCAACGAGGCGUUGAAGGUGGCCAAGGAGCAAGCUUGUCAGGCCGAGGAGCGGGCUCAGCGAGCCGAGGAGCAGGCUCAGCAGAUCGCGGAGGCGGCUCGGCAGGCGCGCCGGGAGGUUCGCGAGCAAGCCGUGGCGGAGUUUCUAUCCUCGGGGGCAUUCCAGGAUGAGGCAUUCGCCUGCAUGAAUGACCUGCUCAAGGCAUGGGGGAAGACUGAGGAGGGGAAGGCCUUUGCUCGUUCCGAGGGGACUCAGUGGUACAACCUCGGUCUUUUCCGAGCGCAGCAGGUCCUCUCUGACAGGUUCCUCAACAGGGUGGACCUCCCCGAACCGUGCGACAAUCCUGAUGAGUUCGACGCCUCCAUCUAUUACCCGAAUGGCGGGGACACGGCUGUCGAGCAGGCGAAUCCAUUCCCUUGGUGGUCUUCGGCCAUUCCGACCAAGUCAGGGCCAAGCUCGACCCCGCCGCCCUCGCCGCGGGACUCUUGGGACUCGGACUCUGAGUCCGAGUCAGUGCACCCCGAUCCUUCUGCUAAGAUCCCGGGGUUCAUCUACUACUCGUCGGAGGAGGACGAGAAGACCCCCUCUCCGCCGAUUCGUCGCGAGGUCCCCCCUCCCCAAGUUGCCGCCUACCGUGGUGGCCGUGGGCGUCGCCCUCCCGCUCCUCCAGCGGCGGACGCGAGUGAGGGCUCCGUGGCAUCUCAUCAUCCGAGCCGGAAAUCCCUUGAAGACCCGGGCUCGCCCAGCUUCGCCGAAUCUACCGGUCAUUCUGUUGUCAAAGGGCUCCUUCUCCAUCCUCUUACCCCCCGCCUUGCCCUUGCGAGCGUGGGUGGAAUUGUGGCAUGCACUGAAGUUUGCCCGCACUUUAAUUAUUUGUAAUGCGCUUAAUUGUGGUAAGUCGUUCGUGCCAUGUACUUGCCCGUUUUCCGGGAUAAAUAAAAUUUGAGUUUGAUUAAAUCUUGUUUUCGCUU